UUGAGGCGCGGCGGCGGCGGCGGCAGAGGCAGCGGCGGGGGGAGGGGCGGCUCCUCACGGCUGGUGGCCGCGAAGAUGGCAGAUUUUUUGAAAGGAUUACCAGUCUACAACAAAAGCAACUUCAGUAGAUUUCAUGCGGACUCUGUAUGUAAAGCAUCAAACAGAAGACCAUCAGUAUAUCUUCCCACAAGAGAAUAUCCAUCUGAACAAAUCAUAGUAACAGAAAAGACAAAUAUACUUCUGCGUUAUUUACAUCAGCAGUGGGACAAAAAGAAUGCAGCUAAGAAGCGGGAUCAAGAGCAAGUGGAAAUAGAAGGUGAGAAUUCGGCACCUCCACGGAAAAUCGCUCGGACAGACAGCCAGGAUAUGAAUGAGGACACUUAAAUUCUUGGCUUUCUCCUCUACUACUUUGCAGGCGCUUCCUGUUUUGUCUCAAAGUGUGUAAAUUUUGCCCCUUGCCCCCAUCUCUCACCUCUCCACUAUGCAGCCCAAACCACUUCAGACUUCAUAGGAGCCAAUCUAUUUAUUUUUUUUCUCCGUUUUUUUAUUUAUGCUGUAAAACUUACGGAGCAAUGGUGGAACAAUUCAGUAAAUGAUGUAGUAUAACCUUAGUUCCUCCUUUCUAAAAACAUACACUGUCACUUUUACAGAUUUUGUUAAAUCUGUUACCUAAUCAACCACAUCUAGUCAUGGAAGCCUGGGUAAAACAUAUGGGUUAUUACAGAACCUUUCAGUGGUAUAGGCUUUCUGAUUCACCUACCCAUUGAUAUAUUACAGUGGUUAACUCUUCUCUGGAUGUGCCCAGCCCAACCGUAAGUGUGGGGCCUCUAUGUCUUUCUCAAAUACUCUGAAAUUGGCACUGCACUAAAAAAAUCAUGGGUAUCAUUUAGGAUUAUGCUGAUCCUAGUGUUGUCAACUUGAUAUAUCAGUUGUAUUCUUUUGGCCUGUUCUGUAAGGGCCACAGCUGUUUGGCAGCAUACAUUAUCACAUGCAUCAGUGGUCAUGGAGAAUUCAAGUGAAAGGUGUGUUGCUUUUGUUUCUCUUAAAUUCUAACAGUCUUUUGGUCUUGAACGGACUGAUAUGUGCAACUUCUCCAUUGGAAUAAAAGGAUACUUUUAUCCUAUUCUGAGUAUCUGAUCAACAAUGUAUUUGAACAACAGCUGAUGGAAUGGAGUUGGGUAGGCACCCUGCAGUCAGCACUUGGCUGGAUAAGUCUGGGAGAACCUGAGCAACUAGAUCUAGUUGUCUAUCUCAACUGCCAGCUAUGAAUAAUGGUACAUUGUGUUUUCCUGUGAUAUCAGCCUGUUUGGAAUGGAGUCCAGGACUUGUAGUUGAUCAAAAUGUGAGCUUCCGUGGUCUGUGUUAAAGACCAAUCUCUUCUGGACUGUGACAGUUCAGUGCCUGUUGCCUGUAACCCUUCAGGGACUCUUCGGUAAGAGCCAAAAUAGAGACCCACAAGUCGUCUAGGUGGAUUUAGAAGUUGAGAGACUAAAAGGAAAUGAGCGUCAUCACCUGAAGGGGACAGGAAAGGUGUAGCUUAGUAAUGAUGUCUUGUCUGCUUUAAUGUAAGAAGCUGACUUCACGCUGUGUUAGUUUAAAUUGUUGCAUUUAUAGUUGUGUUUUUUCCUCAUUCACAAACCCUAAACACCGAUUCAAGAAAUUGCACAAAUGUUUUUCUAGAAAUCCUGGAUAAGCCUAGUUCUGAAUGACUGCGAUGGCCAAAAGCUUUGAGGACAAGGUUUCUGUUAUCCCCUUCUCCACAACAUUCCCUUCCAGCCAGUGGACACUACGUGUUUAGGUCUGGGGACAAAGAGAACAUGAAGGGAGAUACUGUUGCUGAUGACUGUGUGUUAUCAGGCAGAACUUUGGGAAGAGCAGGGCACAGCUCAUGUUGUAUUUUAAACUUGCAUUAGGCACCAGGUUUCUUAUAUAGCAAGUGAAUUUAACUUAAAGUUAACAAUGAAUAGUUUAGACCUUUACUUCUGCCUCAAAGUUAACUUUUUGCUGUGGCAGUAACCUCCAAAUUAUUGAGAUGUCAGUGAAAAUGCCAACUGUGUUGGUGAAGAUAAAAACACUUAGAUUUCUCUGUAAUUUACUGGCACUUGCAAGAGGAUUCCUCCUGGAGUUACGCUGUCAAAAAGUGCUUUUGUGCAAAAUUCAAGAUGUUAACUGGAGGUGCCAUGUUAGCCUCCAGUUUCAUAAGGACAUACUUAAAGUUGAAAUUGAAAAAUCCUGUGAAGAGCUGUAAGACACCAAAAGAGGAAAUGGACAUAUAGCUGGUGGUGAAGUGUGACCAAUCUGUGUAUUUAGCAAAGUUUGAGAGCUGCAGCCUUGCAGACUAAUGUUUGUACAGUGCUUUAAAGUUGUAAAAUGCUGUAUAAUUCUUGACUGAUAUGACAAGGUUUGAGCUUUGCUGACUUCUCUGCUAGACAGAGUAAUGUACUAUUAAAGAGAGUUGGCAGUUCCUUCCUGUUGUAAACCCCCGUCUUUGUUCCCUCUGUGUCUUUAAAAAUGAUCUUGCUGGUUAUAGGAGCCUUUGAUAUAUUUCAAAUACUUAUAGUAGGUACAAGAAAAAAGUUGUUUUUUUUUUCCUCCCCCAAAAGUUGUUUUGAAGUGAUGGAGAAACAGUUUUUUUGAAGGGAUGCAAAAAACCCCCACAGUUUUGAUACUUAAAACUGCACUGGUGACUGUGUGCAAACAGUUUGAAUUUCUGAUGCCCACAGUGAAUUUUUUUACAUCCUAUCCAAUUUGACGUGAACGUUCCCUUCUUCCCUCCUUCAUUCUCCAACCUACUUUCCUUGCUGCUACUGGCUCAAGAGUGCUGUCCUCAAGCUAUUGCACUUUGAUCUUAUAUCCACAACUGUUUAAUACAUGGUAAGUGUAUAAGGUUUGAUUGUUGCAUGGGAGAUCUUACUUGCCUAACUUUGACUUCCUGGUGCCUUAGUGCAUUUAAAAAAAGGAAAGAAAAAACAAAAACCAUGGAUUUUUGCUGACCACACUGUUUGUAUAAUACCUAGCUCCUCUAACUUCUGAUUCUCUUGUUACAAAGUGACUGAAAUUUAGUGACCCUUAGGGGUUUUUUGUAUAUGUCUGCAUAGUGGUAUUUUUAUUGUUUCUGUUAUCAAUGUAUACUAAAGGUUUGGGUUUUUUAAUGAAAAUUUGAGAUGCUUGUCAGAGAUAAGUAUUUUAGUUGAAUAGUGUAUCUUUUGUCUGAAGUCAAAGCAGCAGAAAUGCAUUUCUUUGAUAUCAGAGGAAGGUGAAUCCUUCCAGGAAUAACCGCUCACAGCAGACUAUCCUGUUAAUAGGCAUCUGUCCUGCCAGAUGAAGUGCUCCUAUACGAAACAGCACUAGAGCUUGUGCCCACUGAGAGCAAUUAAGUGUAUGUUGGGUAACUUUAGUAUAUUAAGAAGUUAGUCACUGCCUUUUUCUGACAUAACACAUUUGUGACUGGCAAGAAAACUAAAGUUCUGCCUAGCUUAUUUCUUGAUAUCAUAUGACUUUUUUUUUUUAGAGGAGAAGGAAUCAAAAAUCUCCUCCCCACACAAGAAUUGGAGAAGGAAAAAAUAUUUGAAAGAAAAGACAUUUUUACAACAUGUUCUGACCUCAUAACUGUGAAUUCAUAGGUAAUUGCAUCUGAGCAGUAAAGUCUGUGUUUGUUUGCGUUGAUGGUUGGCUCUUGAAGCUUGCUGAGUUGCUUUAUUUUAUCUAAAUACUUGGAUAAUGUUAGCAUGUUCAGCUUUCAAGCUGUUCCCUGUUUCUGUCCAUGGAAGUUUUUGAGACCCUACUGGUUAAGGCCAUAAGCAACCUGGUCUGAAUUCAGUAUUGACCCUGCUUUGUGCAGGAGGCUGGAGGUGACCUGAGGUUUCUUCCAAGAGGAUUUAUGCUGUGAUUCUGUAGUAGUAAACACAGGGGAAAAAUGUGGCAGGUUGAAAGAUUUGUUUUUUGUGUGAAGCUGGCAAGCUGUGAAGUCCUAUUACCAAAGCUUACGGAGUUUGCAAGCAUGUGCAAAAGCGUUUGACAAGAAAACAGCCCUGAAACUACAUUUUGCUACAACGAACAGUGAUCCACAGCAGCAAUAUGAAAAUCCAGAUUGAGAGGGGAAGAAGGGAGCCACCGAGCUCCCCUGUCUGCUUAAGGCUAUGACUAAACUUGGACCUAGGCUGCCAUUUGUUUAAACUCUUAACCACAGGAAUAUUUGAGAAGUUUUUAGAUGCAUUUCAUUACAAGAGAACAGGUUUUUAGAAACACUUAGAUAUGUUAGAUCUGUGUGAAUUUUUCUCUUUUUGAAGUGUUUUUUUGGCCUAGAAAGGACAUGAAGCAUCGGCAGGGUAAGGGAAAAUCGCAUGAAUAGUAAAAUGGGCCUCAGGCAGGUUCAGGGAUGACCAUUUCUCACCUGACAUGGCUCUAUGUAUUCAUGGUGUUUUGGAUAUGUUUCUCAAUGACUGUUUUCAGAGCUAUUUGCUGAGCUAGGUUGUGAUGAAUCUGAAGUAAAUACUUAACCUGAGUGCUGUUUUCUGUUGUCCUCAUCCUGUUGAGAAUGGGGUAUAUGUGCCAAGCUGUUUAAUGAACUCCGCAUGUGUGUAGCUGUUUGUGAUUUUAUUGAAGGCCACUGACACGAAGCUGUAAAGCUUGCUUUGGAGUAUAAUUGACUGGAAAACAGAUUUCCUCCCCUCUCCAAUGCGUGCCUUAUGCAGCAAUUCAGUUGUUAGUGUUUGGACUGUUUUCUAUAAGGCAAUUUUUUGAACAUGCUGGACAGUAUCUUAAAAUUUUCACUUUAUACUAGGUAGAUACAGUAAGUAUAAUUUCAAAGCUUUUUUGUUGGUGGUAUGAUCUCUUUGAUACUGGCCUUAAGGGCAAAGACCAAGCAGAAGUCUUGCAUUUUUAAAAAACAUUGUUUUAAAUGCUGUUGCUAUCAGCCGUAUUAUCACUUACUAUUCCUGUCUUGUUUAUAUACCACUAACUUCAUUUUUUUGUUGUUUUUAAGAGUUCCACUUGCAUAUGUGUAAUAGGAAAGCUAACCUGAGUUAAUGAUGUCAGCCUGGCAACAGGGGAAUUGUGCAACUUACUGAGCAUGACCAGAGGGAUUCUAGCUGAUCUGCCUGUGUCAGACUUUGCAUUGCAUCUUUUGAUGUAUAACAAAUGGUGAGAAAGGCUUUCUUUGAGAGGGUUGAAUAUACCUAGGAGUGGCUAAGGGUAUUUUUGGAAGAAGCGUAGAGGAGUCAGUGUGUCUGGAAGAGGGUAUUGCAUCACGAGUUAAGCACAGACUGACCUUCAUGCUGUGCUGACUGUGCAUUAAGGUUUCUCUUCCGCUGAUUCACAAAUGCAUGUGUCCUGACAACGGAGAAUGCAGUCCUGGGAUCUCAUCUGGGGUGUUUACUGCUAGUUAUUAUCUGAAAGGGCCGAGUAAGCAGCCUGUCCAGGCAGACUGACUAUCCACUUGCCAGUUACUUACGGAUUUAAUGGUUGCAUCCAGCCUAUAGUGAAUGGCAUGCCUUUUGGCUUGUUUUGCUUAUCUGAGAGAAGAGGUGAAAUGCAUGGAGCGUUCUCUGUGGCUACUGAGUAACAUUUUAAGUAAAAAGUGUGUGUCUUGAGAGUUUAAUAUUACAGUGGCAAUAGGGCAUCUAGAAUCUCAUUUUCUUGUUUCAACUUCUGGAAAAAAAAUCUUUCUAGACACUGAAAAUAAAAACUUGGUGGGAAGAGCAAUUUUGUAACUGAAACAUGAGAAUAAAAUAUCAGCUUUCAAAUUCUCUUUAACACUGAGAGUUUCUUUUUUUUAAUGCAGACCUUUCCUAGAGUGUCCCCAGAGAUGAAGAACUAAGACUCGUCAUGUGUGAUUUUUUUUUUUUUGAAUUAGGUUGUUCUAGGAAUAAAAAAAAAUUUUUACUGGAGUUGUUAAUGCUUUCUGAGGAGUUUGGCUUUAACCUUUUAUGGUAGAGUUUGUUUUACUGAUAUAAACCCGAAAGUAGGUAUUCAGGUAACAAGAUUGAAGGACAGUGCUGUCAAAACUUCACCCUAUUUCAAAAUCAGUGUCUUCUAGUGUGGGAGGCAGCUAGCUGAAUCAAUUGGGUGACACGAGGUAAGCAUCCACAUCUGUGGACCAGUGUUCAGUGCUGAAUGUUGCAGUUGCAGACAAGGUUUUCCACAGAUCGUCAGCUGUUUUCUUAUUCCUUCCACUAAACAACUCCUCUGCCAGCAUUCAGAGGUGAGAGACUGCCCUUGUUCCUCAGCCAGCCAGCACUGUAGGAAAGUGAAACUGCCUUGUGCACCAUGAGGAUGUUAGUUUGUGCUCUGUUUGCUAACUCUGCUUUUCUUCACUUUGCUUUCAUGACCAAAGCAAACUUCAUUUGGCUGGCGAUGUGUCACUGGCAGCCUCGCUGCUACCAGCUGCAUAAACGCAGGGGCGGCUCAUCCCUGUUAGCUCUUCAGGAAUUGCAAUGCUGUAAUUCAUGAUGUGUUGCUGUGUUGCAGUGGGUUUUUUGAGGGAGAGGAUACUGAGCAGUAGAACUGGUCAAAUACUCUUCCCUGCUUUGAUAAGCAGCAUGUAUGUAUAAGUGUAGAAAUGAGCGAGAUGGUAAGGUCCAGUGGCCGUGUAUCGAGUGGAAUACGCCAGUGUAGCUGGUGGAAAGCAGGUCUUGCCAUUUGGUUCUUUAAUUAUGGCUCUCAGGGAUUACAGAGACAUCGAGAUGGAAAGGGAGCAAUGACUAAUCAAUUAUUGUAAGAAAUAACAUGGAAUCUGAAUGGAUCAUCGGAGCUGAGUCACUGCAUUGUCUGUGGUACAGUUGGACUGGAUUUCCAAAUGCAUUCAUUUCUUAUUAAUCAGAGCACUGAGUGUGCCAUGAAUAGGCUUUACUGUUUUUUCUUUUUUUUAGCCAUUUGACCAGUUCCACAUCAUAGCUGAAGGAUCCGACCCACACUCAGACAUUCUAAGUCAUCUGCGAUUGCUUUUAUGACUCCUACAGUCUAUUCAGAACACAAAAUCCCAGGCUGAUUUUUUGCAAUGCAGUGUUGAAUCUGUGAGUCUGUGUUACUUGCAACCUGUCUUUGCAAUCUGACUUUUCCUCUUUUGAAAAAAACACCGUCUUUUGGGGCUGGGAGAAGAUUUUUUCCUGAAAACUGCAUGUUGGCAGAAGGGCUGCUGUUGUGGAGUAACUGUAAAUACACUGUUAGUUGAAUGUCAUGGCUGUUGGAUUUUGCAUUUAUUUUUAAACUAUUCCAUGUUUGAUACUGUAUAAUAAAUUUGCAGAAUUUAGAGGAUUAUAA